AUGCCACUUAUAAAUAACAAAGUAGGCGAUGAUGGCACAGUUGGCAAAGACAAGGCUUUGGUUGAUGGAAAGGCUCUGGUGGAUUCUUUAAUAAAGGUUGUAGCAUGUUACCGUGUGUUGGCCACAUGUGUUGGUGGAUGCACAGACAGCUUGCAGCUGCGGGAUGAGUUGCGACAAACACGGGAAAAGGCCCAAAGGUUGGCCAUGGCCAUCCGUAGUCAUCUGACCUCACAUCUCCGAGACAAGAGCCUGCCUGAGGAGCAACGUAAGGAGAUGGAGAUCCUUUGGGUGGGCUUCUCCUCCAGCCUAGAGCUCCUCCAUGUUGACAUGUGCAAAGUUUUCAACAUGGGUGACAUCUUCUCUCUGUCCAAAAAGGAGACACGGGUGCAAAAUGGCCUACAAGGAGGAGGCAGUGAGGUAGCAGCCCGGGCGCUCAGUGUGCCAGACCUAAACCAACCUCAGAGCACAUCCCUUCCUGCUGAGUUCGAGAGCCAUGAGCGCAGCACCAUGGAGAAGGAUAUCAGCCAACUUGACCACAUGAUCGAUGACAUGGAGAUGAAAGUCAACGUUUUGCGCUGGAUGGUGGACCCCCAUGGGCCACAGUAUCCAGACCCGCUGAGCAGCACGGACAGCGCCUCCCUGCUCUCAGUCGACGAGGAGCAGCCUGGACACCAGCCUCUACACCAGCGCAGAAAAUUAUUUGUGCUCUUAUUGCUGGUUGCUGUUGUUUUGGUGGUAGCCACUUUAUCUAUUUGUAUUGUCUUUUUCUCAUGA